GAAUGAAGGCCACAAAGAAAGCGAAGCCACAGCCUCUGUUUUACCAGAUCUCGAAAUCAGGCGUCGCUUGACCAUUCCAUUCAUUCAUCCGGCAUACACACACCACCUGUUUACCACCUAUAAACACUUCCCUUCUUUACUAACGGAUUGUCGUCCACAUCGCCCGAUUUUCAUUCCAUUUUCUUUUACUCCAUUUACCCUGUUUUUAAAUCAACCCACAUCCUUUCUUUCCUCCUACCUGCAAUCGUUUUCUUGGAUUUCAAUUCCAACGGGAACUAAAAGAUGGCCGACUCGGAAGAUAUUCAACCCCUUGUUUGCGAUAAUGGAACUGGAAUGGUGAAGGCUGGAUUUGCUGGAGACGAUGCCCCAAGAGCAGUUUUCCCUAGCAUCGUCGGUCGCCCACGUCAUACCGGAGUUAUGGUUGGCAUGGGGCAAAAAGAUGCAUAUGUCGGGGACGAAGCACAGUCCAAAAGAGGUAUUCUUACGCUGAAAUACCCAAUUGAGCAUGGUAUUGUGAAUAACUGGGAUGAUAUGGAGAAGAUCUGGCAUCACACCUUCUACAACGAGCUUCGUGUGGCUCCUGAAGAACACCCCGUUCUUCUCACAGAAGCACCACUUAAUCCAAAAGCCAAUCGUGAAAAGAUGACACAGAUUAUGUUCGAAACGUUCAACGCUCCCGCUAUGUAUGUUGCAAUUCAGGCCGUUCUUUCACUGUACGCCAGUGGUCGUACAACCGGUAUCGUUCUUGAUUCGGGAGAUGGUGUGAGUCAUACUGUUCCAAUCUAUGAAGGUUAUGCUCUUCCUCAUGCUAUUUUGCGAUUGGAUCUUGCUGGUCGUGAUUUGACUGAUGCGUUGAUGAAGAUUCUUACUGAAAGAGGUUAUUCGUUUACCACAUCUGCUGAACGAGAAAUUGUGAGGGAUAUGAAGGAGAAAUUGGCGUAUAUUGCACUUGAUUAUGAACAGGAACUAGAAACCUCCAAGACUAGCUCUGCGGUGGAGAAGAGCUACGAGUUACCCGAUGGGCAGGUGAUUACAAUUGGGGCUGAGCGAUUCAGGUGUCCUGAAGUUCUUUUCCAGCCAUCGAUGAUCGGAAUGGAAGCUGCUGGUAUUCAUGAGACGACUUACAACUCAAUCAUGAAGUGCGACGUGGAUAUUAGGAAGGAUUUGUAUGGAAACAUUGUUCUCAGUGGUGGUACGACUAUGUUCCCUGGUAUUGCUGACAGAAUGAGCAAGGAAAUCACUGCCCUAGCUCCCAGCAGCAUGAAGAUCAAGGUGGUGGCUCCGCCGGAGAGGAAGUACAGUGUCUGGAUUGGAGGGUCGAUUUUGGCAUCUCUUAGCACCUUCCAGCAGAUGUGGAUCGCGAAGGCGGAAUACGAUGAAUCUGGGCCUUCGAUUGUUCACAGGAAAUGUUUCUAA